ACAGCGGAAUAUCCGUAUGUGUGGGAAGGGCACUGUCUGGCUGUUCACUUGUCUUGUAUAAAAAAGCAAACAGGAAGAAUUUCUUUUUCUAAAAAUAAAAAAACAGCUGUCAGUUUUCUGAAAUUAAAAUAGAAAACAGCCUAAACAUGCCAGGAAUUGACAAAUUGCCGAUAGAAGAAGCACUGGAGGACAGUCCUCAGACUCGCUCGCUGCUUAGCGUGUUCGAGGAAGACACGUGUGCCAUAUCCAGCUACUACCAUCAGCUCUUCAAAGCCAUGCAGAGGAUAUAUGAUGCACAGAAUGAGCUGAGUGCCGCAACACACCUCACCUCCAAGUUAUUGAAGGAGUAUGAAAAACAGCGUUUCCCACUCGGCGGUGACGAUGAGGUCAUGAGCUCCACUUUGCAGCAGUUUGCCAAAGUCAUCGAUGAGCUCAGCUCCUGUCACGCCGUCCUGUCCACUCAGCUCGCAGACGCCAUGAUGUUCCCCAUCACUCAGUUCAAAGAGAGGGACUUAAAAGAAAUCCUCACUCUGAAGGAAGUGUUCCAAAUAUCCAGCGAUGAUCUUGACAUAGCCAUCAACAGAUACAGUCGCCUGUCUAAAAAGAAAGAGAAUGAGAAGGUAAAGAAUGAAGUGAUGGAAGAUGUUUACACCUCAAGGAAAAAGCAGCACCAGACCAUGAUGCACUACUUUACAGCACUUAAUACUCUACAGUAUAAGAAAAGGAUCGCCCUGUUAGAGCCGCUGCUGGGGUACAUGCAGGCACAGAUCAGUUUCUUCAAGCUCGGAUCAGAGAACCUCACACAGCAAUGGGAGGACUUCCUUACAAACAUUGGAACCAGUGUACAGAAUGUACGCAGGGAGAUGGACAGUGAGGUGGACACAAUGCAGCAGACUAUCCAGGAUCUGGAUCAGGCCAGUGAUCUGCUAUACAUGCCCGACCCUGACCCUAAUAAAAUCCCAAUCAACCGCAACCUGACCCGCAAAGCCGGAUAUCUCAACACUCGCAAUAAAACAGGGCUGGUGUCGACCACCUGGGAGCGCCAGUAUUUCUUCACACAAGGAGGGAACCUCAUGAGUCAGUCUCGAGGAGACGUGGCAGGAGGGCUGGUCAUGGACAUAGAUAACUGUUCUGUCAUGGCAGUGGACUGCGAGGAUCGACGCUUCUGCUUCCAAAUCUCUUCCUUCGAUGGCAAAAAGAUCUCCAUUUUGCAGGCAGAUAGCAGAAAAGAUUGUGAAGAGUGGAUUGCAACAAUAAAUAACAUCUCAAAGAGGAUCUAUCUUAGUGAGAAGCCUGAGGAAACUGCCGCAAGAGUCAACCAGUCGGCUUUGGAGGCUGUGACGCCGUCGCCUUCAUUCCAGCAGCGUCAUGAGAGUUUUAGACCCAGCACGCAGGGCCGACCCCGAGCAGCGCGGACUGGCAGCCAGAGCUCAGCAGGUUCCGAGUCACCCGCUCUCUCCUCACUGUCUCUGGACUCCCUGGUGGCUCCAAACACCCCCAUCCAGUUUGAUAUCAUUUCCCCAGUCAGUGAAGAGAGCACAUCACAGGCUAAAGGUGCUGCCCAGGGCAGAAGGACGAACCCAUUUGGAGAGUCUGGACAGGUGCAGUCUGGAGACAGUGAAGACUCCAUCCUGCACCAGCUGUUCAUCGUGCGUUUCCUAGGAUCCAUGGAAGUGAAGGCCACAGAGAACCCGGAUGUCAUCUACGAGACGAUGAGGCAGAUCCUGGCGGCCCGAGCCAUCCACAACAUCUUCAGGAUGACCGAGUCCCAUCUGCUUGUCACCUGCGACUGCCUGAAGCUCAUUGACCCUCAGACACAAGUCACCAGAUUAAGGUUCCCUCUAUCCAGUGUGGUGAUGUGCGCAUCACAUCAAGAGAACAAGCGCUUGUUCGGCUUCGUGUUGCAUACAGCCGGCGGCCGAGUCGACGGACGUCCCGUCACCGUCUGCUACAUCUUUGAGUCUAAUAAUGAUGGAGAGAAGAUCUGUGACAGUGUGGGACUGGCAAAACAGAUAGCACUUCAUUCAGAAAUGGAUCAGAAAGCCAAUCGGAAGCAGAGAGAGCUGGAAAAGGCCAAGGAGAAGCAGCAGGAAGAGCUGACUAAACAAAAACAGAUUGAAAAGGACCUGGAGGAACAAAGCCGCCUGAUAGCUGCCUCUAGUCGCCCGAACCCGCCAGCCGCUGACGGACAGUUCCUCGUCCUCAGCCAGAGCCAAUCGGAAGACAGCGAUAUCGGGGAGGAGGGGCAGAAAAGAGAAAGAGGCGAAUCUGAUGCUUGAGAGUAGAAAGCAUGAGGAUAAAGUUGAUCUCUACCUGGACUCAACUUUUCAUCUGAAACACUUAAUCUUAACGACAUUUUCCUUUAAAACCUCUGGUUUACUAAAGGAAAUGAGUUUUUUGCAAAAUGACUGCAGAAUAUUAAAAAAAAGACACAUAA